CGCGCGGCCCGGAGGGCGUGGCGGUGGGCGGGGCCUGGCGCCCGCGGGGACCACCAAUGGCAUCCCGAGCCCAGGCCGUGCGCGUGACGCAGCCGCAGGGCUGGGAGGUUGGGGGUGGAGGGCGCUUUAUCUUCCUCUGCUGUGGGACGGGUUGUGUUGAGGGGUCUGCACCCGACAUCUUUCAGCCCCGAGCCUCCCCCCGGCUGCUGCUGUCCAGCCUUCUGCGAGGCUUCCGCCGCCGCCCUCGGGCCGCAGGCAGCUCAAUGGUAGGAGAAGAGAAGAUGUUUCUAAGAAAGCGGCUGUCAAAGUCUGGUGAGUGUCCUGAGCAAGAUGAAGACCAGAGAAAUUCCACAAAGGAGUUCCUAGAGACACACAGAAAUGGUCGCAUUAACAUGAAACAGUUGAUAGCAAAGAAGAGGCAGCUGGCAGCAGAGGCAGAGGAAUUGAAGCCACUUUUUCUGAAGGAAGUGGGUAGUCACUUUGAUGACUUUGUGACCAAUCUUAUUGAAAAAUCGGCAUCCCUGGACAAUGGUGGGUGUGCCCUCACCACCUUUUCCAUCCUUGAAGAUAUGAAAAACAACCACAGAGCUAAAGAUCUGAGAGCACCUCCAGAACAAGGGAAGAUCUUCAUUGCAAGGAGGUCUCUGUUAGAUGAGCUGUUUGAAGUGGACCACAUCAGAACAAUUUAUCACAUGUUCAUUGCCCUCCUCAUCCUCUUCAUCCUCAGCACACUUGUAGUAGAUUACAUUGAUGAAGGCAGGCUGGUGCUUGAAUUCAAUCUCCUGGCUUAUGCUUUUGGCAAACUUCCUACUGUAAUUUGGACAUGGUGGGCCAUGUUCCUGUCUACACUUUCAAUCCCCUAUUUCCUGUUCCAGCGUUGGGCCAAUGGCUACAGCAAGAGUUCCCAUCCGCUGAUCUAUUCUCUUGUGCAUGGCUUAUUUUUCGUAGUUUUUCAGCUUGGAAUUCUAGGUUUUGUCCCAACGUAUGUCGUACUGGCAUAUACUCUGCCACCUGCUUCCCGGUUCAUCAUUAUCCUUGAGCAGAUUCGGUUGAUAAUGAAGGCUCAUUCUUUUGUCAGAGAGAAUGUUCCGCGGGUACUGAAUGCAGCCAAGGAGAAAUCAAGCACAGUUCCAAUACCCACAGUCAACCAGUACUUGUAUUUCUUGUUUGCUCCCACCCUUAUCUACCGUGACAGCUAUCCCAGGACUCCCACUGUAAGAUGGGGUUAUGUUGCUAUGCAGUUUUUACAGGUCUUUGGUUGCCUGUUUUAUGUAUACUACAUCUUUGAAAGGCUCUGUGCCCCGUUGUUUCGGAAUAUCAAACAGGAGCCCUUUAGUGCUCGUGUUCUGGUCCUGUGUGUUUUUAACUCCAUCUUGCCAGGAGUGCUGAUGCUGUUCCUUUCUUUCUUUGCCUUUUUGCACUGCUGGCUCAAUGCCUUUGCUGAGAUGUUGCGCUUUGGUGACAGGAUGUUUUAUAAGGACUGGUGGAACUCUACUUCAUACUCCAACUACUACAGGACUUGGAAUGUGGUGGUCCAUGACUGGCUAUAUUACUAUGCUUAUAAGGACCUCCUCUGGUUUUUCUCGAAGAGGUUCAAAUCUGCUGCCAUGUUAGCUGUCUUUGCUCUGUCAGCUGUGGUACAUGAAUAUGCCCUGGCCGUCUGCUUGAGCUAUUUCUAUCCAGUGCUCUUCGUGCUCUUCAUGUUCUUUGGAAUGGCUUUUAACUUCAUUGUCAACGAUAGUCGGAAGAGGCCAAUUUGGAAUAUUAUGGUGUGGGCGUCCCUCUUCUUGGGCCAGGGAGUCAUUCUGUGCUUUUAUUCUCAAGAAUGGUAUGCCCGUCAGCACUGUCCGCUGAAGAAUCCUACAUUUCUGGAUUAUGUCCGACCACGUUCCUGGACUUGUCGUUACGUAUUUUAGAAGCCUAGACUUUGCUUCUUUCUGCAUCACUGAAGAUCAGUUAUUCAUCUUGAUUUGGAAUCAGCUGUUUCCAGCUGUUAGUGAACACAUGUAUGUCAUGUUGGUUGGACCACUCUAGCCUCUCCAGAUGGCUCACUCCAUUCCUUGCUCCACUGAAGCUGGACUGUUGAAAGUUCACCUAACAGUUUUGCAUUUUGUUUCCUUUUGGAAAGAAAGGAGACUUGUAGACGAAGUCAGGGCAGAUUUUUGCUGGGUCAUCUCAGCUUAAACCUUGGUAAUUUUAUCUGCUUUGUUCCUUGAUUCUGUCCACCCAGGGACUAAAUAUGUUAUCUUGGCCACUGAAUUAGCCAAAACACUUAUGAAGAAAUCAUUUCAGUAACUCUGGCUUAGGAUUUUUGUCAUGCUAAUUAAAUAUGUAAUUGGGGGAUAAACAAAAUUUUCUAUUUCUAGUAGAAAGAGAGAAACUAUCUAUUUUCCAAAGAUAAUCUUGUUAUACAUUGUGUUUAGAAUCUUUUGAUGUUUUGUUUUGUUCUGCUGUGGUACUGGGGAUAGAAUCCAGAGCCUGGCUUGGUGGCAGUGUGCUACCACUGAGCUACACCUCCAGCCCCUAGGCUGUAUUUUUCUGAAAGUUCACAUCUCAGUUUUUUCAUUUUCUGUAUAAUAUGUCAUAAUUUCUGUGAAACAGCUAGCUGCCUUUCACUUUGAAUUCAGUAAUAAUAUAUAUUCAGGGGAUCGGAAGUCAGAAAGGAAAAAGACAGACAAAACAUUUCCUUCUGAAACUUCAAACAUCAUUUUUACAAAAAGAUUUGCUGAGCCGUGUUUUAAUUAUUCUAUCAUAGAAUUUAUAUGGAAGAUUUUUGU